UCCAGCGGGCGGCUCGUACUUCAUGAUCUCCCGUUCGCUGGGGCCCGAGUUCGGCGGGGCCGUGGGCUCCUGCUUCUAUCUGGGCACGACCUUCGCCGGCUCCAUGUACAUCCUCGGGGCCGUCGAGAUCCUGCUGAUGUAUAUCGCUCCAAGUUCUGCCAUCUUCGUCUCGGAGAGUCCUGACGACGAGGCGGCGGCCAUGCUGAACAACAUGCGCGUCUACGGCUCCAUCUUCCUAGUGCUGAUGUCGCUGCUGGUGUUCGUGGGAGUCAAAUACGUCAACAAGCUGGCGUCUGUGUUUCUGGCCUGUGUGAUCGUGUCCAUCCUCUCUAUCUACACCGGAGCGCUGGUGUCCGUCUUCAGCCCGCCGUCCUUCCCCGUGUGCAUGCUGGGAAACAGGAGUCUCGCUCAGCACGAGCUGAAGGACGGUCACUGCGUGAAGACGCUGCUGCCGCCGCAGGAGACCGCUAACACCAGCGAGAGCUUCAACGGCACAGACGCUCCUCCUGUCAGCGCCGCCGCCGCGCUGGAGAAAACCACGUACCUGUGGCGGCUCUUCUGCAACGGCUCGGAGCUCAGCGCCGUGUGCGACGAGUACUUCCUGCACCACAACGUCACGCAGAUCCAGGGCAUCCCGGGACUCGCCAGCGGCGUGAUCGCAGACAACAUCUGGAGCUC